GAGGGAAGGGGGGGUCAGAGUGCUGCGCUCUUUGCCCGGGAGAGGAGUGGGAGGCGGCUCAGUCGCCCAGCCAGCCCCAUGAGGUCCGGCCGCAGCCUCCUCCUCCUCCUCUGGGGCGUCUUGGCCCUCUGGAGCCCCCUGCUCCCCGCGUCCAACGACUAUGUGACCAGGUGCGCCACCGUCUCCAACAAAUCUAAACGGUGCAGUUCGCCUCAAGAAGUUUUCUUCUACAACAUCACCUCCAAGAAGUGUGAGCGCUUCACUGACUACGCGUGCCCCAACAUCCUCAACCGCUACUUCACCCUGGAGGAUUGCCAGUAUUACUGCGCGCAUGAUGACUACUGCCAGCUGCCUCCUGACCCCGGCCCUUGCCACUUAAAAAAGCCACGUUGGUUUUAUGACCCGAAGACCCAAAGCUGCAAGAGCUUCACCUUCGGGGGCUGCCUGGGGAAUGUCAACAACUUUAAUAACCAAGAUUUGUGCAGUCAGAGUUGCCCCCAAAGAGGCUCUCCCUAAGGGCUCCGUGGAGGGAAGCUUGGCCUGCUUCUUCGUGCUGAAGAAAGAGGGAUGCAUCAGGACGAGGCCAGGCGCAGGGAGCCUCCAGGCGCCUUUGGAAGGAAGGGAAUUCUGGAAUAAAUUAUUGCCCGGAGGAGACGGUGGUCCCGGAUGCUG